AUGGACUUCUCUGAUGCAAACGUUCCGUCAUUCCAUAGCCUUCUCCAGUCCGGGGACCCGUUUGUCCCUUUUUCCGAGUUCUCGAUUGAGACCUCCCGCGACUUGCUGAGCAGAGAUGGCAGUAACUGGGUGCAGGACAGGCUAAAAGAAGGCCGUCCCUUCGUCCUUCGCGGAUUCAACCGCCUGGAGAGCUGGAAUGCGUCUAUCUUCAAUAAGGAUAGCUUGGCUGUUUUAUCGUCCUCGGAAGCUAUUCCCAUUAGGAACUGUCAAUCAGGCCGAGAUGUAAGAAUGCGACUGCGGGAUCUGUUGUCGACAGCAGGAUAUGAUCGCACCAAUAUCAUCAAAGAAUUAUUAUAUGCGAAAGACCUUCAAUGCCCUUCUGAGUGGAUUCGUGCGUUGGAAACCGUCUUACCAUCGUCACUGAGGCAUCUAGGUUCGCUCGACUUGUUCCGAGUGCUGCCGAAGGAGAUUGUCCCGGAAGUUUUGAUGGCUUAUGUUGGGACACGAAAGUCAUUAUGCUUCAGUGCAACUGUUGCUCUUAAUCUUCUAAUUGGAUCGGAAGGUCCGGGAACAUUAUGCUUUGGUACAGACACGAGCUCACGAACUCAAUACGACGCAUUCAUGGAGGAACUCGGAAAGUCAUCUCACACCGACUGGGCCAAUGUUCCUAUCGAAAAGCUCAAAUUAGCCAAAUUUCCCAUAUACAUAACGUAUCAGGAACCUGGGGACUUGGUGGUGUUCCCGUCGGCGACUUCCCAUCAAAUAUGGAACACCAGCUCUCUGGUCACGAAGGUAGUAUGGAACAUCAUGCACGCUUCUUCACUCGAGUCUUUCUUCGACUACGUGCAGCCAGUUUAUCAAAUGCAGUGUCAUGCAGACACGGGACGAGUCCCUCUGAUACCAUUUCAUGCUCUGAACAGUAGCCUUAGAGUGCCAGAGACUCGACUUCUUUUGGAGAUCUUCCAGCGACUGGUCGAUGACGAAGAUAUCGGAAACGAUCCAAAUGUUUCGGUCAAGCUUGUUGAUACGCAAGGAGCAGUUGUGGAGAAAAGGUCGUUGGGUACGCUCGCUAUGGCGGCGGCGGACGCACGGAGGCAACAAGUGAGAGGUAAAAAGGCCAACUUGCCCUUACACGGCGUCUCUCCACAUGGCGACAUAACCCCCCGUGGGCAGAAACGGUCCCGGGGGUCAAGCGAAGACGAACAGGUCAAAGUAUGGCUGCAAAAUGGUCAUGCGCACCUUCCAAGUGCAAGACCAGAGGUUGUCGACAUUACUCCGUCUAAUGGGACAUCUUUUAACGCCCCAAGUUGCAACGGAUCUCUUGGGCCAAAGGGACAGCUGCGCAUUAGCGACCUUGUCGAAGAUCAAAAUUCACCCGUCGAAGCCACGUCGACCCCUCGCAGCGGUAUAAUGCAUCAGCCGAUGUCAUCGGCAUCCUCGGUGCCGCAGAAUGGUACAUCUCGCGACCCCAGCGGACCCCGGAAUGAUCGCCGUCACUCGGAAUUCCCGUCGUCAGGGAGUGGAGAAAGUAUCGCAGCGCUCGAAAGGAAGCUAGACAAUCUCCGGCAGUCGGCCGAUGUCCUCAUGGAUUUGACUCUGACAGAUUCUCACGCAGAGGUCAUGGAGACCAUUCGCCAGUUGGAAAGUGAAAUCAAACAACGGAAGCGCGCAAAGGCGGAAGUGUUGUUCAACAAUCUCAGUCGAGAUUUCCCUCAUUUAGCCGAUCUGGCUCGCGAGGAGGCGCGACGACGGGGGAUCCAGUCUGAAUAA